UAUGUGAAUAUGUUUCAUUAACUAAUUUAUAGGUAUCUCCUCUAUGUAUAUGAUGAUAUUCAUGAAUGUGAGCGUGUGUGUACGUAUUUGCAUAUUUAAAAGAGAACCUCAAGAACAGUUACAUAAAUAAACACAAUCACACAACCACUUAACUUCCGCUUUAUCUUAUCUUAUGCAUAGCAGAUAGACAAACCAGCAUACUAGUUUUUCUGUUCUUGAAGACCAAUGAGAGACAACAUCACAGAGAUGAGAUCUGAUUCUGAAUCGGACUAUGAUCCUUACGGCGACGAUGAGAUGAGUAUAGUUCCACAAGUGGAACUAACGGUGCCUAAAACAGACGAUCCAACUUCACCGACGGUUACAUUCAGGAUGUGGGUUUUGGGCAUAACCGCUUGUGUCCUCUUGUCAUUUCUCAACCAGUUCUUUUGGUACAGAACCAAUCCUUUGACCAUCUCAUCUGUGUCGGCUCAGAUUGCUGUUGUUCCCAUUGGUCAUCUCAUGGCUAGGGUUCUUCCGACAAGGAUAUUCUUCGAAGGGACGCGGUGGUCUUUCACUAUGAAUCCUGGCCCGUUUAGUACAAAAGAACAUGUUCUUAUAACCGUGUUCGCAAACUCAGGCUCAGGAGCUGUUUACGCCAGUCACAUUCUUAGUGCUGUUAAGCUUUAUUACAAGAGACGGCUUGAUUUCAUUCCUGCUUUACUCGUUAUGAUCACAACUCAGGUAUUGGGAUUUGGUUGGGCUGGUUUGUAUAGGAAGCAUCUAGUUGAACCUGGUGAGAUGUGGUGGCCAAGCAAUCUCGUUCAAGUGUCUCUCUUCAGAGCCUUGCAUGAGAAGGAGAAGAGAUCAGAAUGGGGAGUUACUAGAAACCAGUUCUUCGUUAUCACACUAAUCGCCAGCUUCUCCUACUAUCUUCUCCCAGGCUAUCUCUUCACUCUCUUGACCACCAUCUCUUGGUUAUGUUGGAUUAGCCCUAAAUCUAUUUUAGUAAACCAGCUCGGUUCAGGGUCAGCUGGUCUUGGUAUCGGUUCCUUUGGUUUAGACUGGUCAACCAUCGCUUCUUACCUUGGAAGUCCACUCGCUAGCCCGUUCUUUGCCACAGCAAACAUCGCGGUCGGAUACUUUAUUGUGAUGUACGUAAUCACACCUCUAUGCUACUAUCUGGACUUCUUCGACGCCAAGACCUUCCCAAUCUACUCAGGUAAACUCUUUGUAGCAAACGGGCAAGAAUACAACGUGACGAGCAUCAUCAAUGACGAGUUCCGCCUUGAUCACAAGGCUUACGCGGAGACAGGACCAGUCCACAUGAGCACUUUCUUUGCUGUUACCUACGGGUUAGGUUUCGCUACCUUGACUGCUAGUGUUGUCCAUGUUUUUCUUUUCUACGGAAAAGAUCUUUGGAACCAAACCAAAGGAGCUCUACGUAAGGACAAGAAAAUGGAUAUACAUACAAAGAUCAUGAAGAGAAACUACAAGGAGGUUCCGCUAUGGUGGUUUCUGUCGAUUUUCGUAGUGAAUAUUGCUGUGAUUGUCUUCAUAUGUGUUUUCUAUGAGAAACAGAUUCAGCUUCCCUGGUGGGGAGCUUUCUUGGCUUGUUUGAUAGCUUUAUUCUUCACUCCUCUUGUUGGUGUGAUCAUGGCCACUACUAACCAGGCUCCAGGUUUGAAUAUUAUUACUGAAUACAUCAUUGGGUAUGCAUAUCCAGAGAGACCUGUUGCUAACAUAUGCUUCAAGACUUACGGAUACAUCAGCAUGUCCCAGUCUUUGACGUUCCUCGCUGAUUUGAAGCUUGGUUCUUACAUGAAGAUCCCACCAAGAACCAUGUUUAUGGCACAGGUUGUAGGAACUUUAGUAGCAGUGUUCGUCUACGCAUUGACAGCAUGGUGGCUAAUGGCCGAGAUCCCAAACCUCUGCGACACAUCUCUCCUUCCACCAGAAAGUCAAUGGACGUGCCCAACGGAUAGAGUCUUCUUCGACGCAUCAGUAAUAUGGGGACUUGUAGGACCAAGAAGAAUGUUUGGUGAUCUUGGAGAAUAUUCAAGCAUAAACUGGUUCUUCCUAGGAGGUGCAAUAGCUCCAACACUGGUCUACCUAGCCACUAGAGUCUUCCCAAACAAGAAAUGGAUCUCAAGCAUUCACAUGCCAGUUCUGAUUGGAGCUACUGCUAUUAUGCCACCAGCUACUGCGGUUAACUUCACUAGCUGGCUCGUUAUGGCGUUUGUGUUUGGACACUUUUUGUUCAAGUACAAAACAGAAUGGUGGCAGAGGUACAACUAUGUUCUGUCUGGAGGGAUGGAUGCAGGGACUGGGUUCAUGUCUGUGCUUUUGUUUCUUGCGUUGCAGCGUAGUGACAUAAUGCUUGAUUGGUGGGGAAACACUGGUGAAGGCUGUCCUGUUGCUAAAUGCCCAACUGCUAAAGGUGUGGUUGUUCAUGGGUGUCCUGUUUUCUAGACCAUUUAGGUUUGUACUUAAGUGCAGUCUUAAGUUUAAUUUGGUUAUGUUUUGUUAAAGUAUUCUUUUUAAUACAUUUUCCAUUACAGUGUUGG